CAUUUUCCAUACCACUUGUCUCUGCGAGUGAUUACUGAAAUCAUGAUGCGCGUGUUGAUUUUUCUGGCACUUUGUGUCGCCGCUGUUCUGGGUCAUCCCUCCGGUUCACUGAGGGUAACUGGAGUACAUACUGACAUUGAAAAAUAUCCAUCCGCCGCUUCCCUUCAGAAAUUCGAUACAUCCAUGAAUUUGUUCCGGGCCGCUUGUGCUGGCAUCAUUCUCAACAACCGAGCUAUUCUUACUGCUGCUCACUGUGUACACGGUGACAACGUUAACCAGUGGCGCAUCUUUAUAGCGUCUUCAUAUGCAAAUCCUGCUCUAAGUGACCGACAAGUCCACGCAGUCAGCCGCAUCAUCGUUCAUCCUUUGUACAGGUCUAGAACCUUAGACCAUAACAUCGCUAUCCUGCACUCCGCUACUACCUUCAUCUUUAGCAGUAGAGCCAGCCCUGCUUCCAUAGCAGGUCCUAAUUAUAAUGUAGCAGAUAACCAAACCGUCUGGGCUGUUGGAUGGGGCCAGAUCGAAAAUUGUACUGAGCCGCGAUCUCUGGCUACUGUGAACGACAGACGAUUCAUACCUGACUUUAUACAAGAGGUCCAGCAAGUGAUUAUAAAUCAAAACACGUGCAGAAACAACUAUGCGACUCAGAACAUCGCUAUCACUGAUAACAUGUUAUGUGCUGGCUGGCAUACUAAUGGUCAUGGGCAUUGUGACAGAGACUCUGGUGGUCCACUCUACCACAAUGGUGUGGUUGUUGGUAUCUUCACGUUCAGUGUUGGAGUUGCUCAAGCCAACUUCCCCAGCGUUCACACUCGUGUAUCCCGCUACAUCCCUUGGAUUGAAGCCAAUGCAUAAAAAGAAAGAGAUAGAAAAAGAACGGAAUAUUCCCAAUUUAUAGAAAAUGAUUUAAAUAUAUUAAGUUGCAUUUAAA